AGACUAAAAAAAAAAAAACCCCAUGGGGAGGAUAUAUCCUCCCCCCUGCGGAAUGCAAUACGAAAACGCGAACCCGUCGUAUUCUUUUCGCGUUACACGAGCUUUGGACGAAAAAUUGUUUUCCGCGGUGGCGUUCAUAGGUUAGGUGCAUGUAAUCGCCACGGGUUAAUCUCAAAGGUAAACAACGCACGUAAACAGUUCGUCUCGUGAUCGUACGAUCAUUGAUAUACCGUGCACACGAUAAUUUAUUAGACGCGUCGGACGCAUUACAAUAAAUAAUGAUUUAUCGACGGUGCCCGCCGUGUUUAUUAUAAUCGUUAGUACGUGAGCGACCGCGGCUAAUCACCCACGGCCGCCUGCCGGUGUUUAUAACGGACGUAUACGCGUUUCGUGCACCGUUCGAACGCGGACUGUUGAACCGCGGGAUCGGCGUCCGGCAUGCACGCCCGUAAGGGAUGGCCAGGCGGUGCAAACGCACCACCUGAGCAUUUCGAUGAUUUCAAUUGUUUAAAUAAAUAAUUCGAAUGUAAGAACUCGUCCUUUGCCGAUUUACAGCUCACGCCAGUGAUUGUUAUACCGAUACAGUGAACAUUAAACACCCGUCCUGAGAAACCGUCGUCCGUCGCGCCUCAUAGUACUGGACACGGUUACCGUCUAUCCACGCGUUUAUUUAUCACGUUGAUUUUGGUCGCUAACGUUGAUAUUGUUAUUAAUUUUUACCAGAACCAACGAAUAAAAUGAGUUACGUUUUGGACAAAUGGAGUUAUACCCAUCAUGGACGAUGAACUAGACAUGUCAGUGUUAGGGGGGGAGGCGGAGGGUGCUUUGCCACCACGUCUUGACGUGUUGACGCUAAAAGUAUUUCGCACCAAGCGAGCUACAUCUGUGCGGCCGUGCCCAGUAUCUCUGCCGAACUCCGAAACGAGUGCCGUCGCAGCUUUGUGGACUCGGUUGCACUGCGAGUGGGCGAAACAAAUGAUACGCGUCGCGUGCAAAUCUGCUGCACCGGUCGGCUACGUCGACGAGAACACGUGGGAACACCGCAUUAGAUAUUCUCAAGCAGCUGUUACCGAUGUAGACCAGAGCGAGUGUGCUUAAUAUAUUUUAAAGAACCGAAAAGAGGUUAAGAACCACUAACUUACAGUAUAGUGGUAUCCUCGGAUAUGG